CUUCAGUCCGUCAGAUUCUCUCCCAUUUCUCUCCAGUUUCUGUUCUCUUUCUGUUGGGUUGGUCUGCAGCUGGAAGACACAGCGCCGAGAUGCCACAGAGCAACAUGGACGCCAUGGGUCUGCUGCUACUCAUCAUCCAGAUCACAUCCAGCUCCGUCUAUUCUGUCUCCACCAUCUUUGAUUCCUCCACACAUAAACCCCUGGGACUCUCAACAACCGUCUACACCAACACAAGUUCUGCUUUAAGCGUCAGUAAUGAGCGAUUAUCAGACUCUGUAAAAACCCACCGGACCACCAGACAGCUCACCAGUUCCAUAGCUGACGGAGCUUCAACGCAUGUGAACGACAUCAGCAACCCUUGGACCAGGAGGUCGCUGACUACAGACUCCAAUCCUGAGGUUUCUACUUCAGUCUCAGAGCUGUCGACUUUAAACGGCGGCCAUUUUGUCUCCUCCAGUCCGGCUGCAUUCACGACUAAGCGAUCCACAGACGUAUCGGUGAGUUCGAGAGGCGUAUCAAAGAGUUCGACAGACAUAUGGGAAAGUUUGAAGAGUUUGGAGCGAUCAACACGCGUUUCUAAAUGUUCGAAGAGUCCGACAGUUGUAUCAGAGAGUCCGGAGAGUUUGACAGAAGUAUUGAAGAGUUUGACAGACGUGUCGAAAAGUUCGACACACGUAUCGGAGAGUUCGAAGAGUCCAACAGACAUUUCGGGGACUUUGACAGACGUAUCGGAGACUUCGACAGACGUAUCGGGGGCUUCGACAGACGUAUCGGGGACUUCAACAGACAUAUCAGAGAGUUGGACAGACGUGUCGAAGAGUUCGACACACGUAUCGGAGAGUUCGAAGAGUCCAACUGACAUAUCGGAGACUUCAACAGAUGUAUCGGGGACUUCGACAGAUGUAUCAGAGAGUUCGACACACUUAUCAGAGACUUCGAAUGGUGUAUCGCAGAGUUCAACACACAUAUCGGAGAGUUUGACAGCUGGAGAUGUUUUUCAGCUCAGGAAGGACGCCCAGACAACAUCACAACACCAAGAAAUUUCCACCUCCUCCAUCAGAAACCAUUCUGAAUCUGCAGCUGUGACUCUGGUUUCUUCCACAUUUAUAUCAGAGACGAACGCCACAGAUCUUCUGGUCACCUCUUAUGCUACUGUUGUUUUUUUUGCUGACACAGAGUCAAACCAAAAUACAAGUUAUACAACACAUCUAACUGCUGACAAGAACCUUUCCCCUGCAUCCUCGAUAACUGCACGUCCACCUUCGACUGCUUACGUUCCUUCAACAGCAGAUCUGACAUCUACAUCCAUCAUGGAGAAAUAUCCGCCAUCAGCCCUGUCAACCGUUUCCCAAACUUCAGCCACAGUUUCUGCGAUGCUGUCAACUGUUUCUACUGUUCAAAGUAAAGUCUCAGAAAGCACUAAGACUGAUGGAGCUCCACUAACUUCUCAAACAGCCGGGACAUUGUCUACAAGAAAUAUUUCACCCUCAAUACUGGCACCCACGAAUCUGAAAAACACACCCACAACCACGACCAAACCCACUACAACACCCACAACCACAACCCAACCCACUACAACACCCACAACCACGAACCAACCCACUACAACACCCACAACCACGACCCAACCCACUACAACACCCACAACCACGACCAAACCCACUACAACACCCACAACCACAACCCAACCCACUACAACACCCACAACCACGAACCAACCCACUACAACACCCACAACCACGACCCAACCCACUACAACACCCACAACCAUGACCAAAUCCACUACAACACCCACAACCAUGACCCAACCCACUACAACACCCACAACCUUGCCCCAACCCACUACAGCACCCACAACUAUGACCCAACCCACUACAACACCCACAACUAUGACCCAACCCACUACACCACCCACAACCAUGACCCAACCCACUCCAACACCCACAACCAUGACCAAACCUGCUACAACACCCACAACCAUGACCAAACCCGCUCCAACACCCACAACCAUGACCCAACCUACUACACCACCCUCAACCAUGACCAAACCCGCUACAACACCCACAACCAUGACGCAACCCACUACACCACCCUCAACCAUGACCCAACCCACUACAACACCCACAACUAUGACCAAACCCACUACACCACCCACAACUAUGACCCAACCCACUCCAACACCCACAACCAUGACCCAACCCACUCCAACACCCACAACCAUGACCAAACCUGCUACAACACCCACAACCAUGACCAAACCCGCUACAACACCCACAACCAUGACCCAACCUACUACACCACCCUCAACCAUGACCAAACCCGCUACAACACCCACAACCAUGACCAAACCCGCUACAACACCCACAACCAUGACCAAACCCGCUACAACACCCACAACCAUGACCAAACCCGCUACAACACCCACAACCAUGACCAAACCCGCUACAACACCCACAACCAUGACCAAACCCGCUACAACACCCACAACCAUGACCAAACCCACUACAACACCCACAACCAUGACCAAAUCCACUACAACACCCACAACCAUGACCCAACCCACUACAACACCCACAACCUUGCCCCAACCCACUACAGCACCCACAACUAUGACCCAACCCACUACAACACCCACAACUAUGACCCAACCCACUACACCACCCACAACCAUGACCCAACCUACUCCAACACCCACAACCAUGACCAAACCUGCUACAACACCCACAACCAUGACCAAACCCGCUAUAACACCCACAACCAUGACCCAACCUACUACACCACCCUCAACCAUGACCAAACCCGCUACAACACCCACAACCAUGACGCAACCCACUACACCACCCUCAACCAUGACCCAACCCACUACAACACCCACAACUAUGACCAAACCCGCUACAACACCCACAACCAUGACCAAACCCACUACAACACCCACAACCAUGCCUGAACCCACUCCAACAUCCACAACCACGACCAAAUCCACUCCCACACCCACAAUAACACCCACAACCACGACCCAACCCACUACAACACCCACAACCACGACCAAACCCGCUACAACACCCACAACCAUGCCCGAACCCACUCCAACACCCACAACCACGACACAACCCACUACAACACCCACAACCAUGACCGAACCCACUCCAACACCCACAACCACGACACAACCCGCUACAACACCUAUAACUUCAACAACUGUAGCCACAACAACAAGUACAACGCAUGCAGCUCCAAUGACAACAACCAGAACGACCACAGCUCCUGCGACUACAACUACUCCUCGGACCCCGACACCAGCAUCAGCCACCACUACCCCUGCUUCCCGCUGCUCCGUUAAUGUCACGGCCGUCAGCGUGGUCUCUGGUGUUGCCGUGGUGACGUUCAGCAGCGCUGGCGUGUCCUGUAACUUCAGUGUGUUUACAGACGACGCUCUGCUGUUCGCCGCCGUGGUCUGUGACCCGGACGGAGAGUCCCAGACCGAGUUCAGCUGCCGGGUGUCCGGGCUGGACCCCGGGACUCAGUACCGGGUAACCGUGGUGUCCAGGACGGACGGAGAAAGGAGCAACGUGUCGCUGCGCACAGCGCCGGCGUGCGUCCGUGGCCUCCAGGUGGCGCCCUCUGCCCCAGAUGGCCUCGUUGUUUCCUGGCGGGCCGGUCUGGGCCGGAGCGAGCGCUUCAGGGUUCUGCUGAUGGACCGGGACGAGGUUCUGCUGGAGAACGUCACUCUGCCAAAGAGCGCUGCCUCCACUGAGCUGCACGGCCUUCAGCCUGGGACACGGUACACUGUCACUGUGGUAACGGAGGCCGUCGGCCUGCAGAGCUCCGCCUCCAAACAGGCAUUCACAGCCCCUGGUCCUGUGCAGCAGCUGCGUGUCCGCCACGCUGAUGAAACCUCUGUGAGCGUCGUGUGGAGUCGCCCGCUCGGUGAAUGGGACGGCUUCACCGUGGUGCUCCGACAGGCGGACGCCACUGCCGUCCUGUCUCAGAGGAAUCUCUCCGGGGAAGCCAGAGAGUGCACCUUCAGCAUCCUGACCUCAGGACGCCUGUACACCAUCACCGUGACAACCAACAGCGGCAACCUGAGCAGCUCUGCCACUGUGACCGCACGGACCCGUCCAGCCCAGGUCGGCGGUCUGCGGGUCUCUAACCUCGGCAGCACCGACAGUCUGCAGACGCAGUGGGAACGCGCCGCCGGAGACCUGGACUCGUACCGCGUCCUGCUGGUACACGACAGUAGCGUCAUCAAGAACGAGAGUGUGGCGGCAGAUGCCACCAGCAUCGUGUUCCACGCUCUGAGACCCGGCGCUCUCUACCGGGUGGUGCUAACCUCGGUCAGAGCCGGACAGACGUCCAGACAGACCGUUGCAGAGGGACGCACCACCCCGGCUGUGGUGGGCGAGGUGAUGGUCAGUAACAACGGCCGGAUGGACUUCCUGAGCGUGUCAUGGCGUGCUGCUGCUGGAGACGUGGACGGCUAUGUGGUGACACUGAGCGACGACAGGAAGACGCUCCACACCGUCUCUGUCUCCACGUCCAGCACCGAGUGUGUCUUCAACUCGCUGGUGUCCGGACGCCUCUACAACAUCUCCGUCAGCGCCCGCAGCGGUGCCCAGCUCAGCCACACCGUCGUCCAGGAGAGGACACAGCCGGCGCCCGUUCAGAACCCAACAGCGACGCACGCCGCCCGGGACGACUACCUAAAGGUGUACUGGCGCCCGGCGGCCGGAGACUUUGACUUCUACGUGGUGUCCAUCAAGCACAACAACGCGUUCGUGCAGAACCAGACGGUGUUGGGGACGCAGAGCGAGUGUGUGUUCAGCGGCCUGGUGCCCGGCAGACUUUACACCGUGCUGGUGAGCACCUGCAGUGGGACGUCCCAAACCAGCGCCUCCACCCACGGACGCACCCUUCCGGCGGCGGUCCGGUCUCUGGUUCUGGCUGGCCGGGGGACAGAGGACCUGGCUGUGACGUGGUUGGCUGCUCCGGGCGACGUGGAUCACUAUGAGGUGCAGCUGCUGUUUAACGACAUGAAGGUGUUUCCCCCGGUGACGCUGGGCGCAGGCGUGGGAGCGUGCUCGCUGGCGUCGCUCACGCCCGGACGCCUCUACAAGAUCCUGGUGUCUACCUUCAGUGGGCCGAACCAGAGGGCCCGCUUUAUCCAAGGACGCACAGUUCCCAGUAAAGUGAAGAACAUCCAGGUGAGUAACGAUGGCGACAGCAGCAGUCUGAAGGUGAGCUGGACUCCCGGCCCGGGCGACGUGGACGGAUACUCUGUGUUUCUGUUCCGAGACAACCGACAGCUGGACGUCCGGCCUGUCCUCAAACACCACAACGAGGUGACGUUCGGCUCGCUGCAGCCGGGACAGACGUACAACGUGACGGUCCAGUCUGUCAGCGGAGAACUGCUCAACAACAACACGGCCGCCGGACGAACAGUGCCGGCGACGGUGACAGGGCUCCAGGUGGAGGAUCUCUCUACCUGCAGCCUGGUGCUCCGCUGGCAGGAAGCUCUUGGCGUGUCGGACGGAUACGUCCUGCAGCUCCUGGACGAGAGAGGAAGUCUGCUGACUCACUCUUUCCAGCCCUCUGGACACACAGCAUUCACGUUCAACGGCCUCACCCCAGGGAAAAAGUACCGAGUCAUAGUCCAGACCACCAGUGGAAGGGUCCACAGCCAGGGGGUCAGCGCCGAUGCUCGCACACGCCCUGCAGCCGUCACCGAUCUCUCUGUUAAAGCCAACUCAACCACCGGCCUCUCGUUCCGCUGGUCUCCGCCUGACGGGGACUUUGACCGUUACGAGAUCUCGUUGUAUAAAAGCGACGACUCGCUGCAGGAGCGACGCCGUGGCCAGUCCAGCAGUCAGCAGGUUUCCUUCCAGGGUCUCCGACCAGGAGCUGCCUACCGCAUGGUGGUGGUUACGCUUAGCGGAGAACACAGCAACCAAUCAGCUGUCUGGGCCCGCACAGUCCCAGCCGCCGUGGCGUCUCUGACGGCUCGCAGUGGGAACCAGUCUGACGCUCUGUGGGUGAGCUGGGAGCGUGGCGGCGGCGAUCUGAGUGGCUUCCUGCUGUUGCUCUACAACCCCGACGGCUCUCAGCGCGCCGAGCAGCCGCUGGGUCCAGAGGUCAGCCAGUUCAUCUUCUCGGACCUGGUUCCUGGGCGGCGGUACCAGGCCGAGCUGAAGAGUCUCAGCGGAGAGCUGAGCAACAGCGCCAGCACGCUGGGACGCACCGCUCCGAACCCUCCCAGCUCCUUCCUGUUUGGAGGGGUCACCAACACCUCCCUGGAGAUCACGUGGAGCGUUCCCGCCAACUCCGACUUUGACGACUUCGACCUGGAGUGGACUCCUCGGGACCAGCUGGCAGUCAUCAACCCAUACCACAGCCCCACGGCGGGCAGCCGCAUCUUGAGAGGGAUGUUCCCCGGCCGGCUGUACACCUUCAGCCUGCGCAGCGUCAGCGGCAUCGCUGAGCCCGGGGCCAUGCGCACCUACAGCACACCCAUCCACAACAGCAUCCGCACCAAGCCGGAGCGAGUGCACGGCCUGCACUGCCGUCCUCAGAGCUCAACCUCUAUCUCGUGUUCGUGGGCGCCGCCGGACGCCGACUUCGACUCGUACACCAUUGAGUGUCUGCGGCAGGACUCGCAGGUCCUAGUCUACUCCCGACGCACCGGCAGAGACGCCACCACAUACCGCAUCACGCAGCUGGAGCCGCACCGACGCUACAGCGUCUCUGUGAAGGUCAUUUCGGACCGGACGACCAGUGAGGAGGCCCGGGACAGCGUGGUCACCAUGAUCGACCGUCCCCCGGUGCCCCCCCUCAGUACGCGGGUCAGCGACCGCUCCGCUAUCGUCACCAAGUCCUCCAUCUUCUUCAGGUUUAACUGCAGCUGGUUCAGCGACGUCAACGGAGCCAUCAAGUUCUUCGCUGUGGUGGUGGCUGAGUCUCAAGGUGUGGAUGAGCAGCAGCCGGAGCAGCAGCACCCCUUACCCUCCUACCUGGAAUAUAAAUCCAACAGCUCCAUAAAAUGCUACCAGAGCGGCUUCUUCCCCAGUCAGUGCAGCGACGGCAGUGCCGGCAGCAACCAAAGCUUCCAGAUCACCGUGGGGACGGGGAUGGACUCGCUGGGCGGCUCCUGUGAUCCAGAGACCCGCAGAGACCGGAACCUGUUCUGUGACGGACCGCUGAAACCCAAAACUGCCUACAGGCUCAGUGUCCGAGCGUUCACUCAGCUGUUUGAUGAAGAGAAGAAAGACUUCAGCGCUCCGCUGUACAGUGACACGUACCUGUCACUGCCGGUCGUCACCGAGCCAGAGCCUCUGAGCGGCGUGAUUGAGGGAAUCAGCGCCGCCAUGUUCCUCAUCGUCAUGAUGGUGGGAGUCACGGUUCUGCUGGUCUGCAGACAGAAGGCUCGCAAAGUGGUGGAGGAGAGAACGAGCGUCAGGAUGAACGUGAGGAGAGACGUUCCGACUUCAGGAGUCCUCCACGGAGUCAGAGGGAACCGCAGAGUGUCCAGUCCCAUUAAGACGGUGAACUUUGAGAGUCAUUUCAUCAAACUGCAGGCCGACUCCAACUACCUGCUGUCUCAGGAGUACGAGGACCUGAAGGACGUGGGCCGGAACCAACCGCUGGACUCGGCUUUGCUGCCAGAGAACCGCGGCAAGAACCGCUACAACAACAUCCUGCCCUACGACUCGACGAGAGUGAAGCUUUCCUACGUAGAUGAUGAUCCGUGCUCCGACUACAUCAACGCCAGCUACAUCCCUGGGAAUAACUUCCGGAGGGAGUACGUAGCGACGCAGGGUCCUCUGCCGGGAACUAAAGAUGAUUUCUGGAAGAUGAUCUGGGAACAAAACGUCCACAACAUGGUGAUGGUCACGCAGUGUGUGGAGAAAGGGAGGGUGAAGUGUGACCAUUACUGGCCCUGUGAUCAGGACUCUCUGUACUACGGAGACAUGAUCGUCCAGAUGUUGUCCGAGUCCGUUCUUCCUGAGUGGACCAUCCGGGAGUUCACCAUCUGCAGCGAUGAGCAGCGGCGCGUGUCUCGGCUGGUCCGGCAGUUCCACUACACCGUGUGGCCGGAUCACGGCGUCCCCGACACCACGCACUCCCUCAUCCAGUUCGUCCGCACCGUCAGGGACUAUGUCAACAGAAGUCCUGGAUCUGGACCCACUGUGGUCCACUGCAGUGCCGGUGUGGGUCGGACAGGGACCUUCAUCGUUCUGGAUCGGGUUCUGCAGCAGCUGGACACCAAGGACACGCUGGAUAUCUACGGCGCCGUCUUUGACCUGCGACUUCACCGAUCACACAUGGUGCAGACGGAGUGCCAGUACUCGUACCUCCAUCAGUGCGUCCGGGACGUCCUGAGAGCUAGGAAGCUCCGCAGCGAGCAGGACAACCUCCUCUGCCCCAUCUAUGAGAACUACAACUCCCAGAGAGGGGAGAACUACAACUCCCAGAGAGGUGGGAACUACAACUCCCAGAGAGAGCCGCUGUGCAGCAGACGGUAAAGAUUGUAAUGACUACUGAGCACUACAGGGAAACAUGGCAAUUAUAUUUUUAUAUUUUAUAUCAGUGUUUAUAUCAGAAAACUUUAUUUAUGUAACAACAGAACUGUACAUAAAGGCUACUUCAUAUCUGUGUGUAUAUGUAUAUUUUUCAGAUAGUUCUUCUGUUUUAAAUU